CUUGUUUGUUUGACUCGGACUCCACGCCUUUGACCUCUGGUCUGGCCCAGUAUAGAGGACGGUUCUAAAGCCUCAGCAUGGCCCGGAGGAUGAGGAUGGGUUGUACCAUGGUGGCCUGCCCCCUGUCCUGCCUCCUCCUCCUCUCCUUCCUCCUGACGGGGUCCAGCCUGGCGCAGGACCUCACCGGCUCCACCACCAUUAACACGGACAACGUUCAAACCCAGACAGCCAAUCAGACAGCUCCGAUGACCCCCACCACGGCGAAGCCCAUCACCGUGCUAGUAACCACGGAGUUCAGUGGCGUGUCGACGCCCAGCGGCGACAUCGCGGACGAUGAGGACGUCAUCCCGACAAAAGGCACUCGUUGCCAAGGUUACUAUGACGUGAUGGGCCAGUGGGACCCGCCUUUCAACUGCAACAUGGGCGUUUUCCUGUACUGCUGCGGCACCUGCUUCUACCGCUUCUGCUGCCAGUUCAGAGGGCAGCGCCUAGACCAGAGCAUCUGUUCAAACUAUGACACGCCCAUCUGGGCCAACACGGGCAAGCCCAUCACCACGGUGACCGAGGACCACAGCGACCAGGAGAGGGAUCGAACCCACAUGAUCGUCUAUAUCAUCUGUGGGGUGGUGGCCAUCAUGGUGCUGGUGGGCAUCUUCACCAAGCUGGGCCUGGAGAAGAGCAGGGGAUCAGCAGGGGCACAGAACGACCUCAGCAACUCCAGGACCAUAACAGAGCUUAUGAAGCAGCCCGGAGGAGAGGUGAGCUCAGUGGACAGUACAAUCACCAACCCCCCUAUCGGAACCAACGGCAUCUCAACAAGGAUGCUACGCAGCCGCAGCGAGCACUACCACCUGAACAAUUCAGCCUUCUACCCAGGAACGUCUCAACCCCACAGCAACCUCAGUGGACUAGGCCUCAACAAGUACACCUCCCUCAGGGCUGUGGCGAACACUGCCUCUAGGGGCUACUAUAAGAGCUACCCUUUGAUGGACUUCUCCCAGUACCAGGCAGGCCCUCCAGCCUUCCAGCCCAUCUCCCUACACCCCAAAGACAAGUCCUACCUACACCAGGACCACCACCAGCUCCCCUCCCAGCACAACCUCCACGCCCCCCUCUCCAUCUCCAUCCCCCAGAGCCACCUGGAGAGGGCCCGCCUGCCCAAGACCACCAGCCACCCCCUGUUCUCCAGCUCGGCCUUCAAAGCCUGGGACACAAGUGGACACCACGUCCAGAGGCAGACCUCCCACCCUGGGCACAUCUCGGCCCACCGGCAUGCCUACUCCACCAGGAGACAGCACAGCGUAGAGAAUUUCCCGGAGCUGUUCAACCACCCUGUGCCGUACAGCCACCCAUCCUCCUACCGCCACACCAGGCAUAAGAGCUACUCCACCAACAGCAAGACGGAGGUCACUGUCUGAGCAUGGGGCUCGGAGUUCCCCUGUACCUACAGAGAUACAGAAACAGAUACAAAUAUGUACAUGAUACAGAUACUGGAUAAAGGGGGGUUCCAAGAAAGGACAACGACGCAUCAGCAUCGCCACUCUAAUACAAUAACAACCACAGACAUCAUUAAGACAUUGAUAAGGCAAGAGAAACACUGUCGCUCUCUGAACACCUCUGAGCCUCAGAACCCGAACACUCUCAGUCUCUAUGUCCAACACAACUCUGUGUUGCUCUAAACCUUUCUCUAACUAACUAAAUCUCUCCAUACAUUCCUCUCUGGCCGUGUUCUUCCUCCUAUAUCCUCUGUUUCCCACUCCUACAACAGCCCCCGCAGCCCGACCCCUCCGCCCGUAGAAGCAGCGUGUUCAGGCCAUUAGAGGGAUGAUAGCACCCCCGGGGCCACAUGAACUCAACAGGGACAAUGCCAUUGUCACGUCAGCUCCAAUCAGCCUCUGCUCCAACUCAGGACAGAGAGGGAGGGAGAGCACAAGGUAUGGAGAGAGAGAUCACUACAGAUCUUGAGAGGAAAGCUGGAUGAGAGGAAAGGACAAAGUAUAUUUGUUUUAAAAAAUAGUCAGUGGAAGGGAAUUCACUGCGGCGUCUCGCACCCCAGAGUGGCGGAGGUAUUUCCAUGUCUUCCCCCUGAUGCACAGACAGUAAAGGGCACGGACUAGAGCUCUAGAGGUGUUACGAGACUAUUUAAAUAGCAUGGGAAGCGCCCUAUUCUAGUGGUGCAUAUUGGUUGACCAGGACAAUGAUUAACCACUGAAGGGCUGCACUAAGAAGAAUAGAGAAACAGAACUGUUGUUAAACAGUAGGAUACUUUUAUUAGGGCAUUAUUGUGCAACCACAACUAAAUGCCACAUAACAGGCCUGGGACUGGUGAUAGUAGUACCUCUAGUCAGUGGCAGUAGUUCUAAAACCAAGACGAUGGGACAGAAAUGUAUACUAAGGAUCAAAGAAGCCAAAUCGAUGCUACUGUCUCUUGGAAGGUAGGAGUUGAGCACAAACAAACUUCAGAUGAAUCCACUUCCGGAAGUGGAAUAAUAAUGAAGGCAAUGAAUACAACUAAGCUCUUUACAUGAGUCACGAUGACGCAUUACUACCCCCUACCUCGCACAUCUCUACCCCUCCUCAGCUUCUCUCUCCCUCUCCUCAGCUU